AAGAUCUAGGGACCCGUUUCACAUAUAGGUGAAAUUUUGGUUUGGAUUGCUUCAUCAGGUCAGUGGUUGGUAGACUAUGAAAAUCGCCGUUUCCAGUGGUAAACUCCUACACUACCCACCUCCUCUGUCGCCAGCCUUGUACUGUACAGCCCCCAGCCCACUUCCUGCGGUACUAUGCCACUUAAUGUAUCCAACGUUAAACGAGAUAAAACGCGGCAAACACCUUCCCCACUGGACGAAUAUAUAUCGGACUCUAUCCGACACACCGCGGAUUCUCCGGAGCUCGGUAGUGGAAUAAUCUUAAGUUUCAGGAGAACACUUUAGCACGUACGAGCAGCAGCACGGAAAUAAUACUGGGAAAUUAUCUGGUCCUAUUGUAGGUAUAGUACGAAAAUUAAGGGUUCCGGUAUACCGGUAUGGGAAGUUGGAAGUCGGUAGGUGGGAGUGUGAUAGUGCGCUAGUUAGAUAUUAGGGGGCGUUAAUAAAGACCUGGGAACCGCAGAGAAACGAUGGAUUCAUUCAGAGCAGAAUUGCCACCAUCAAGAUGAUACGAACUUGGGUAAUCAGUAGUCUCAUCUUUACCGCCCAAGCUGCUACUUACGGAUACCUCAAAGCUCUCGUAUACAAUGUUGCAGGUCUCCCAGGUAUGCCUCUCCUUCUUUCCCCUACAUUCCCCCCUCUCUCCUUUCAUACUAACAAACCUAGAUGCCCUAUCCUCCUCCGACCCCUCUGAGAACACACCUUACAUAUCCCAACGCCUGGGAAACUACGACCUGAUAAACGUUCAAGAAGACUUCAACCACCAUAAGGCCCUCUACGCCUCAGACUCCCACCCCCACCGCACCCCAACUUCCGGUGGUGUCCCAUGGGGCGACGGUCUAAACACCCUCUCCAAUUUUCGAUUCAUAGACUUCACUCGCACAGCAUGGAACGACUGCUACAUAAAUUCCGGCGACUGCCUCACACCGAAAGGGUUCACAGCCAUGCGGAUGGAAUUGUACCCGCACACUUGGGUGGACGUAUACAAUUUCCAUACAGAUGCCGGCAGCGAGGCCGGGGAUCUAAAUGCGCGAAGGAAAAACGUAGACCAGAUUGUGGAGUACAUGAAGACUUUCUCAGCCGGCAUGCCCGUAGUGAUGAUGGGCGAUACGAAUAUGCGAUACACCACCAUCUCGGACUCCAUCCGGGCUUUUGUAUCCGGUGUCGGAGCAGCCGACGCCUGGGUUCAAUACCGGAAAGGCGGGGCCCCCCCGGAGGAGAAUGGACAGGCUUUGGUGUGCCCCUUUCCAUUCGCGAACACCAUUACGGACCAGCCAACCUUGACUGCUUGCGAGACGGUGGAUAAGAUCUUGUACAGGUCCUCCCCAGUGCUCACACUGAAUGUGGUGGAUAUGACCAACGAACAUAGGGCCUUCCUGCACCCGACCACUGGCGUCCCGUUGAGCGACCACUAUCCACUUUCCGUGACCUUCGAGUGGUCUCCCGGUAAAUUGCGAUUGUCGGAUAUUGCUGGAGGGCCGCACGGAAACCAUUACAACGAUAUUCCCGCGCUGUCAGCAGGUUCCAUCACCCCGACCAUCACAACACUUACGCUUUCUGGCGGGAAUCGUGUGGACAGGAUUUCCGCGUCAUAUGAUAGCAUCGAUGCCAUUACACAUGGUGGUGGUGGUGGCAGGGCUUUGAGUAUUACUCUGGAUCCCGGAGAGGCCAUUGUCGGAGUGUACGCUUGCUCCGGAAAGAAGGAUGGGCAUACCCGUGUAUUUUAUUUGAAGGUCACCACCAGCACGACCAGGACCUUGGAAGUAGGCAAGACAACUGACGAUUGUGUGAACAUGGCACCUCCCGGGAAUGGUUUCAGGGUUGUUGGGUUCUGGGGAAGGAGUGGGGAUGAAAUUGAUCGCGUGGGCGUGGUCUGGGGGAAAUAGAGGCCUCUUGAAGUGGAUCUUGAGAGAGGGAAACAUCGGUUAUCACUCGCCGAUAAGGCUUUGUUUAAUAAAUAAUGUAUACCUCAGAACCAACAGCUACAAUUAAUAUUCCAAAAUGCAAGUAUUCAUACCGCUGACCGUUAUACCCCAUAUCCAUAGAGAUGCGGAAGCUAGGUAGGAGAUUCACACGGCACCUCAGCGCCCAACCGCACAUAUCACUAUCAUAUGUAGCACACGUUCACCGAGAACACAACCUUAGAGAAGAUGCACAACGUCCCACAACCCAUCACAAAAUAUCA